AUGGGGAACAACAAAUCAAAAUCCCACGCUUAUAUGCCUCUCAAUCCGAGCCCACCCAUCGAGGAAAGCACGUUUGUCGAGGAACAGCCAACAGUACAGUCUUCUGCAGUUUCACAGCCAGCAACUCCAGACGCACCAGGGGCCCAACUGAGCACGAUGGAUGCCUCUGGAAACCCGCCGAGAUAUGAGGAGACGACUAAGGCUCCCCACAAGACGAACAAGGCGAAGGAUGUGGAAAAUUUUGUCAAAUCACUUGAAACCGCUCAACAUACAAAGGAUCUGCUAGAACCACUUCUUUCGAGCGCACUCAGCCUUGACGAGAAAUGGAAAAUCAUGGAUACGGGAAUGAGAUAUCCUUCCAUUCCCAGGGAUUUAAGUUUCCAGGCAAUCUGCCAUGGUCCAGGCUUACUCCACUUCAUAGGACAUACUGGGAAUCUCGUCGAAGGCGUUGGGCUCUCGAGGACGGUAUACAUAGCGUAUCGGCGGCUCGUGGAUUUGCGAGACAAAGAAAACACCCGGACUGGUAUCUGUCUGAAGAGUUACGAGAAUAUUGUGCAGGGCGAGGAGGCUGUUGUGGACGGAGUUGCGGAUGCUGUGAAAAACCACGACUGGUCCACGGAUUCAACCCUGAUCAGAUUUGGAUCCCUAAUCAGAUUCAUGGCAAGGGUCACUGUACCUCAGCGUGCCAUUGCUGUCUAA